AUGGGUUACACACAUUCUUUGAAUGACUAUUCUCUAUUUUUCAAAAAAUCUGUUUCUUCUAUUGUGUUGUUGGCUGUCUAUGUUGAUGAUAUUAUUUUAACGGGUGAUGAUGAGGCUGAGAUACUUGCUUUAAAAGCAUUUUUGGAUGGUCAUUUUAAGAUCAAGGACUUGGGUACCUUGAAUUAUUUCCUGGGCAUUGAAGUGUCCUAUUUCCCUUCUGGUUUACUUCUCCAUCAACACAAGUUUAUCUCUGAUCUUCUUCUGGAGUAUCACUGUUCUGAGGUUGCCCCUGUUGUCUCUCCUUUGGAUCUCACUCAAAAACUUAAGGCUGGUGUUGGUGAUCUGUUACCUAAACCUGAGCAGUUUCGGAGUUUGAUUGGAUUUUUCCAACACUUGAGCCAGUUUCUUCAAUCUCCGAGGGUUUCUCAUGUGGCUGCUGCUCUUCAUCUUCUGAGGUAUUUGAAAGGCACAUCUGAUAUGGGGGUUUUCUUUGAAGACUCUUCUGAUUUGUCUCUAACCACCUAUUGUGAUAGUGAUUGGGCCGCUUGCCCUAACACACGAAGAUCCAUUACUGGUUUUAGCAUUUUCUUGGGGGGUUCCCUCAUUGGUUGGAAGUCUAAGAAGCAACCAAUGGUUUCACUUUCUUCCGCAGAAGCCGAAUACAAAGUUGUUAGUAAGGUUUUUGCAGAGCUUGCUUGGGUUGCCCGCUUGCUUGAUGAUCUGAAUGUCUCUGUUGCUUCUCCUCCGUUAACCCUUACCUUAACCACCCACGGGUACAAAAUGAGCACUGUUCAGAACGCACAUUUGAAGGUUGUAGACGAAGCUCCACUUCAGCUUCAGAUGUGGUGGUAUGACUUGGGGAAAGAUGGUUAG